UAUUCUUCCAAAUUCCUUUUUGAAUUUUCAAGACUAAAUACUUCACGACGCUCAUCAACCAUGAACGAUCUUCUCUCCCGUUCUUUCAACCGCUCCGUCACCGACGACUCAUCACCGCCACACUCACACAACAUCGAGAUGCCAAAAGCAAAGUACUCCUCCGGAGGAAGCUGCCGCGGUGGAAACAACCUCGACAAGUUCUUCCUCGACGUGGAGGAAGUAAGCAGCGAUCUCAAAGAGCUUGACCGCAUCUGUCACAGCCUCCAGCUAAGCCACGACAAGAGCAAAACGCUCCAUAACGCUAAAGCUGUUAAAGAACUCAAGGACAAGAUGGACUCCGAUGUCUCUAUGGCACUAAAGACCGCCAAGCGCGUGAAAGUAAACCUCCAGGAGCUGGACCGUGCGAAUGAAGUGAACCGGAGUUUACCGGAAAGCGGACCGGGUUCAUCUUCUGACCGGCAAAGAACUUCGGUGGUUAAUGGGCUAAGGAAGAAGCUGAAGGAUGCGAUGGAUAACUUUAUGCGAGUGAGAGAGACUAUCUCAGCGGAGUACAGAGACACGAUUAACCGAUUGUACUUCACCGUCACCGGUGAAAAUCCCGACGAAGAUACCGUUGAUCGGCUAAUAUCCACAGGAGAAAGUGAAACGUUUUUGCAGAAAGCGAUACAAGAGCAAGGUCGAGGUAGGAUCUUGGACACUAUAAACGAGAUACAAGAGAGGCACGACGCAGUGAAAGACAUUGAGAAGAGUUUGAACGAGUUGCAUCAAGUGUUUCUUGAUAUGGCUGUGUUGGUUGAGCACCAAGGUGAACAGCUCGAGGAUAUAGAAAGCCACGUCAAAAGAGCUAACUCUCUUGUUCGGUCCGGUGCGGACAAGCUAGUUAAGGCUCGGUUCUAUCAGAAGAACACGCGCAAGUGGACUUGUUAUGCUAUUUUGCUGUUGAUUAUUAUUGUGGUUUUGGUUGUGUUGUUUACUGUUAAGCCUUGGGAUAAUAAUAAUGGUGGUGGUGGUGGAGGAGGUUCGAACCGUCAACCUGCUCCGGUGCAAGCUCAGCCACCGCCACCGCCACCGCCGGCUCUGACUAGGCGGCUACUUCGUUAAUUCUUUUUUAUUUAGUUUCUCGCUCGGUCUAUUCAUGGGGUUAUGUUUUUGCUCUGGAGAUUGUUUUCUUUAAUGUUUUAUAUUGGUUCUUUUGUAUAUAUAUCUCGUACGAUCAUCGCACGGCUAUAAGUAAU